AUGGCCAUGCCGCAAAUACCCACGCCGGGGAUACCCUUCAACAGAAACUCCGACAACGGUGUCGGCCGUGAACCAGACCGUGCGUCGGUUCCAGAGAAGCGCUUUUCCUCUCUCUCGUUCAACGUGAUCAUAGUGGCGACCAUCACAGUCAGCGCCAUCUCCUGGAUCAUCGCCUUUGCAGGGUCGAUCGCGGCAUCCCAGUCGAUAAAGUACUUCCCUAAGUUCACCUGGUGGGGAUUGGUGUUCGAGUUAUUUGUCAUAAUAGCGAUCCCCGUGCUGUACUUCUUCAACUUGAUAUUCCUCUACAGACAAUUUCUUGUUGCGAUGAUCGGCAUCGCCUUUGUGUACACCUCGAAUUCCACAAACAAUUUGAUCUACAACUCAGACUCGUCCUGCUCCGCUGCAGGCACAGGGUUCAUUCUCCUAAGCAUAUCGAACCUCAUGUGGCUUUUCUACUUGGGGUCCGACCCGAAUGCCCCGGUUAUCGCCUCAAUCAACAGGUACGGUGGCCCUAACCAGAUGGCUACCCGAAAGAGAAUCAGUUCAAUAAACAACAGAGGCAACUCCUACUCUUACAACCCGGGUACGCAGUCCACUACAAGGUUGAACUUCGACCACAAUCAGUACAACAGCCAAUAUGACGAUAGUGACAAGAAUAACGGAGACGUCUAUAGCAAUAUGGAAGAUGCGCACGAAUUAGCCGGCUUUGAGAACCCAGCAAGCACCACCCAGAUCGACACCAACAGAAUGUCCAACAUUGAGUUCAACGAUUCCGCCUUCAGAGCAAGCGGUAUCAUGCCCCCUCACGCCCUCAUAAACGAAGACAGCGACAACCCCGAGGGCACUAACUUUACAGGAAUAUCCUCCGCCUCUGCAUACAUGGAAGACUAUCCAAUCCUCGUCCGCGGGCUGUACGACUACAUGGCAAGUCCUGAUGACGUCAAUGAGCUCUCAUUUGCGAAGGGUGAGCUUUUCAGGGUUAAAAAUACAAACGGUAACUGGUGGCAAGGUAAAAACAAACGUGGGGAAAUAGGAAUGUGUCCUAGUAACUAUCUAGAGAUCGUCUCUUGA